AAUCCCCCAAUCCGGUAGUUCUCCUCCUUGUCCAAGCAAAAACCAGAAGGGGUUUAGGGUUCUAAGGACGAGCGAGUCGGCGAGAGGCAGCCAUGGACACCUCCCCCGAGCUAGCCCAGUUCCUGGAGCAAGAGAAGCAAAGGAUGAUGAUGAGUGAGAUGGUAACCAAGCUGACGAAUGUGUGCUGGGACAAAUGCAUCACCGGCACCCCAGGAAGCAAGUUCAGCUCCGGUGAAACUACCUGCCUGACCAAUUGCGCUCAGAGGUAUCUGGACAUGAGUAUGAUAAUUGCGAAGAGGUUUCAGAUGCAGUAGGGCGUCUCCAACUGCAGCCGGUUGCGUCAUCAAAAACUUUCCAAACUCUGAGCUUCCUUUUCACAUGCCAACAAUGGCGAGUUUUAACAGUGAAAAUAUUUAAUCUUGUGUCGUAAACGCUUGGUUAGUAGUUGUAUCUGUGGUGAACCUUUGGUUAGCUUUCUUGUGAAGCUACUGUCGUUUGAUUCUCCGAUCAGUUAGUUGGUUUCAUUUCAAGUCAAUCCAUAUGAAGUCCCAACAAGGCAUGAAAUUAAUUCAUCUUAUUUUCA